GCAGACGAGCAUCUUCGAGGUCUUUGACCAGCAAGAGGCUUCACGCAACUCGUCGACUUGGUUGUCAAAGCCGGUCUUGCAGAUACUGUUUCUAAUGGAGGCCCCUUCACCAUCUUCGCACCCACCAACGAGGCGUUUGAAGCACUAGACCCCCAGCUGGUCAAUUCUCUCCUGGCCGACACGGAAAUGCUAAAGAACGUGUUGCUGUACCAUGUUGUGUCUGGGAGAGUCGCGUCUUCCAGUCUCCGAGAUGGCAUGGUGGUCGAUUCUGUCCAGGGAGGAUCUCUGCGGAUCAACGUGGAUGGAAAUGGUGUCACAGUCAACGAUGUAGCAGUGACCCAGGCUGACAUCACGGCACGGAACGGCAUUGUCCACGCCAUUGACCAAGUGCUGAUGCCUCCUGAAGACGUCGGUAACCUUGCAGAUGUCUUGACGUCACGGGGAUUCGGUCAGCUCGUCGAUCUGGUUGUGACAGCUGGUCUUGCAGAUACGGUUUCCAAUGGCGGUCCCUUCACCAUCUUCGCCCCGACCAACGAGGCCUUCCAAGCCCUGGACCCUGAGCUCGUGCAGGCUCUGCUGGCUGACCCUGAGAGGCUGAAGAGUGUGUUGCUGUACCACGUCGUGCCCGGGACCGUCCUCUCGUCGGCCCUGAGCGACGGGCUCCUGGCGGCCACCGUGCAGGGAGCGGACCUUAGGGUCAAUGUUAAGGCCAAUGGGGUGACUGUCAAUGACGUGGCCGUGACACAAGCCGACAUCCCAGCCAGCAACGGUGUUAUUCACGUGAUUGACCAGGUGUUACUCCCCCCUGGAAACGACGUGGGUAAUUUGGCGGAAGUUCUGUCGGCUGAAGGCUUCAGUCAGCUCGUCGAUUUGGUCGUGAAGGCCGGCCUGGCUGAGACUGUUUCCACGGGAGGUCCCUUCACCAUCUUCGCCCCGACCAACGAGGCCUUCCAAGCCCUGGACCCUGAGCUCGUGCAGGCUCUGCUGGCUGACCCUGAGAGGCUGAAGAGUGUGUUGCUGUACCACGUCGUGCCCGGGACCGUCCUCUCGUCGGCCCUGAGCGACGGGCUCCUGGCGGCCACCGUGCAGGGAGCGGACCUUAGGGUCAAUGUUAAGCCCAAUGCGGUAACCGUUAACGACGUGGAUGUAACGAGAGCAGACAUCCAGGCGAGCAACGGGGUAAUCCACGUCAUAAACCAGGUCCUGUUGCCUCCUGAAGCUGCGGGCAACUUGGCUGAAGUUUUAACCACAGAAAGAUUCAGUCAACUAGUCGAUCUUGUUGUGACUGCUGGCUUGGCUGAUACGGUUUCUAAUGGAGGUCCCUUCACCAUAUUUGCCCCGACGAAUGAAGCCUUCCAAGCCUUGGACGCUGACCUGGUGACCUCUCUGGUGUCUGACCCCGAGAGGCUGAAGAAGGUCCUCCUGUAUCACGUCGUCAGUGGCAACGUCCUCUCCUCUGACCUCAGCAGGAGUGCCAUGGUCCCGUCUGUUCAGGGGGCACCUCUCAAGGUCAGCGUGGAAGGGACCAGCAACAACCUGAAGGUGACCGUGAAUGGGGCGCCUGUGACACGAGCCGACGUCCCUGCGAGCAAUGGCGUGAUUCACGUCAUCGACCAGGUCCUCUUGCCGCCUGAGGAGAUGGGGAACCUUGCCGAGGUCCUCUCCGCUCAGGGAUUCACCCAGCUCGUUGACCUCGUCGUCGCGGCGGGAUUGGCCGAUACGGUUUCCAGUGGAGGUCCCUUCACCGUUUUCGCCCCGACCAACGAGGCGUUCGCAGCCGUCGACAAAGCGACAUUAGACAGCCUCUUAGCUAACACAGAGAUGCUUAAGAGUGUCUUGUUAUACCACGUAGUCCCGAGCUCCGUCUAUUCGCCUCAGCUGGGGGAUGAUCUCUUGGUUAACACAGUCGAGGGGAAGCCUGUAAGGAUCAACACUGCCUUCAGUAAUGGAAUGGGUUCUAUAACAGUCAACGGCGUGAACAUCUCAAGAACAGACAUCAUCGCCAAGAACGGUGUGAUCCACGAGGUAGAGAGCGUUUUAAUGACUCCACAGGGCAAGAUCGUCGAUAUUCUGGCCGCGGAUCCGAAAUUCUCGACUCUCGUGGCUGCCGUCAAAGCUGCUGGGUUGGUGGACACGCUGAGUUCAGACGGACCGUUCACAGUGCUCGCGCCCACUAACGACGCCUUUGCCAAGCUCCCCGAAGGCGCCCUCGACCAACUCCUGACGGAUACGGAAUCCUUGAAGAACAUCCUCCUCCGCCAUGUUAUUCCCUCUUCUACGCUAUACUCGGGAGCUCUUUGCUGGAAGACGCAUACAACGGCCAGUCAAGAACAGGUCACCACACACCGUGACGUGUUCCACCAUUUAAAGAUUACCAGCGGAGACAAACGUGCCACGGUCCUGACACCUGACAUCAAUGCCACCAACGGUGUCAUCCACGCCAUUGACACUGUCAUAUAAACGUACCUAAGAUUCUCAGCUAUAUUGUUGUUCCAGUAAGAUAUGCAACUCUUGUGUAUUAUAUUUUUACUGCAUGUGAUAUUUCGUGGCGUCAUUGAAAAGUUGAGUUAGGUAACAUAUUUAUACUAUAUGUGAUAAUGAUACCUUGUGGCAUUUGUCUUGCAUUAAAUCCAUGAAAAUCAA